GCAAACUUACAUUCCUGUUGUGUCAAGUUUAUAUUGAAAUAGAACAUACUUGUGCACUUUAUAAUAAAAAACACUCUAAUAUAUGCAAUCGCAUGCAUAAUAUCAAAUGGGCAGCUGUGCAUCGUUGAAUGUGGAAUAUACAGUUAUAGUCAUGACGAGGGUUUAAUAAAAGAAUAUAUACACUGAAUAGUAAAGGGACAUAUUAUUCUUAUUUUAGCAUUCAUAUUCAAAAUUAUAUCAAGUCAUCCUUCAGGAAGAUGUGUAACAACGCAGAUACAGGAUUUUAUGUCGCAAAUUUGGCGAAGUUUCAAAUAAAUGUAAUGGAAACGUUUGGAAAUUCUACAGCUCUGAUCGAUGCCCAAAGUGGGGAAAGUUAUACAUAUAGACAAGUAAUAGACCGCAUACAGAGACUUGCAGCGGGACUUCAGGAGAUAGGUUUGAGGCAAGGAGAUGUUAUAUGUGCACUGACGUUCAAUACUAUAGAAUAUCCUAUUAUAUGGUAUGCAGCAAACCUCAUCGGGGCAACUUUUCAGACGGCAUCACCGCUAUAUACAGACGAAGAACUAGAAAGACGAUUUAAAGAAUGCAGCACGAAAUUUCUUGUGACAACUCCAAAACAGGCGAACAGAAUUUCAACUAUGAUCCAAAAUAUAAAACUUCGUUCGUUUUCGUUUUCGAAACCCAACAUUUUAUCAACAAUGAUUGUGAUAGGCAAGAGCAAUACGCACGUGCAAUACGAAAGCUUAUUUACAAGUAAAAGAGUAACCAAGCCCGCGGACUGUAAUCCAUUGACGACUACAGCUAUAUUAUUGUCAUCAAGUGGAACGACGGGAUUGCCGAAAUUUGUUCAACUUUCACAUGUCAACAUCAUUUCAAAUAUGAUCCAUCUAAGAGAGAGUUUGAAACAGAAACCUGGCACGUGCACAGUUCUGUCACUUCCAGUGUUUCAUCAUUUUGGUGUUCACACAGCGCUUGGAACUGGGCUUUUCAUAGGUCUGAAAAUUGUAGUCAUGGAUAGAUUUGAGACAGGGCGAUAUCUGUCUCUUAUACAAAAAUAUCAGGCCAAAUUUCUACAAAUUGUUCCAACGAUGGCGGCCAGAUUAAUCAAGUUUCCAGAGAGGUCAAAGUAUGAUACCUCUAGCGUCAAAUUUAUAAUGACAGCGGCUGCACCACUGGGAGUCGGAAUAGAGAAACAUUUAAAAGAGAUGUUUAAUCUGAAAUUCAUAGGACAAGGGUAUGGUCUUACAGAAACCGGAUUCAAUGCCGGUAAUACAUUUCAACAUCACAAGUACGGAUCAAGUGGAGUGGUACCAGAAGGUGUUCUUGUUAAGAUUGUUGAUAUUGACACUGGAGAAAAGCUUUCAGAAGGAAGACGUGGUGAAAUUCAUGUAGGAGGUCCACAGAUUACGAUUGGUUACCUAAACAACCCAGAGGCCGACAAGGUUUCGUUUGAUAAAGAUGGCUAUUUUAAGACUGGAGAUAUUGGAUAUAUGGACAGCGAGGGGUUCCUCUUUAUCGUGGACAGGAUCAAAGAGUUGAUAAAAUUUCAAGGAAUGCAGGUAGCCCCCGCUUACCUGGAGGACAUUCUGGUCAAACAUACUGCAAUUGCUGACGCUGCAGUUAUUGGUAUACCAGACACGGAUGCAGGCGAACUCCCGAAAGCUUUUGUAGUUAAACAACCUGGUGCGAAUAUCACAGUAGAGGAAGUUAUACAAUACACCGCAGGUCAUGUCGCCCCUCAUAUGAGGCUACGUGGAGGGGUUGAGUUCAUUUCUGAAGUUCCAAGAAAUCCCUCUGGGAAAAUACUUCGUCGUUUUCUUCGAGAUGGGAGCAACAAAUCUAAAUUAUAAACCGUAUUAAAACAUCUCUAUAGAUAGGUGUUUGAAUUGAAAACAGAUUCGCUGUUAGAUUUAUUACUUAGAAUGAUUACAAUAAAGCUGACAGUGCCGCGUCUAUUACUUUUCAAUGUGGCAUGAAUUCAUUUGUUCAAUCUGUGUAGUACAACGAAUGAUGGAUAAAAAAACAAAGUACAUAAUAAGUAUGAAAACUCAUGAUGAAACCAUGAAAAUCGUGAUAAAACGCGGUAAAAAAGAGGGUUCAUAUUAAAUUAUUAACCUACAUGUAUUGUAUUUAAUCAUAUUGAAUUUUACCUAAAUAAAGCACUAACAUACAAAAUCUUCAAAACCUUUUUACCGUAUUAUUACGGUGUCACACUACGAUGAUUAAUCGGCAAUGAAUUAAUUCUUUGCAGUCAAGAUUCUAAUCGUAUACAGUUUAGACUUUUCUAGAUUUUGCUGUUCAGUUUCCCGCACAUUGCAAUAAAGAUUCUAAUAAUAUAUUUUGCAGUUCAGUUUCCCGCACAUUGCAGUAAAGAUUCUAAUCAUAUAUUUUGCUGUUCAGUUUCCCGCACAUUGCAGUAAAGAUUCUAAUAAUAUAUUUUGCUGUUCAGUUUCCCGCACAUUGCAGUAAAGAUUCUAAUAAUAUAUUUUGCUGUUCAGUUUCCCGCACAUUGCAGUAAAGAUUCUAAUAAUAUAUUUUGAUGUUCAGUUUCACAUACUUUGAAGUAAAGUUUCUAAUCAUAUAUUUUGAUGUUCAGUUUCACACACUUUGCAGUUAAGAUUCUAAUCAUAUAUUUUGAUGUUCAGUUUCACACACUUUGCAGUAAAGAUUCUUAUCAUUCAUAGUUUGGAGUUUUUUAUAUUUUAAUGUUCACUUUCCCAACCGGUGUUAUGACAAGAUUGAGCAAUACAUAUAACUAUGAUUUUGAAUGGCUACAUGUAGCUGGACUUACAUUAGUAUAAAAAUUAUUUGGAAGUACAACUCCAGCAGUCUGCACCAUCCACAAGGCCCAAAAAGGGGAGAAAUAAUGAAUAUUAAAUGAAAUGACAAGAUGAUAAUUGCACCAAAGUCCUGUGGAUCAUCCCAGAACACUAGAGUCGCAAUCCAAAGACCUUUAAAUAUAGAGAC